ACCGUAUGUUUUUUCCAUUUCAGCUGAUAGGUGGAGGUAACUAAGUUCACCUGCAGUCGUCGAUCGUGAUUUUCACCUGUUGCACGAGCAACGACAUUGCUAGCUAUGGAUCAUCCAAAGUCGACCGCAGGCACGGAGACAUCCUCGAAAGAGAUGUCAUUCUUACUCUCCAGGGAGGAACGCGGGGAUCCUUCAGACCUCGGAAACGCAUCGUCAGGUCCUUCUGCUCCUUCGCUGCAGUUGUUGAACCCAGUGGAUGACCACGGCAUGGAUCCGCCUUCUUACAGCUCUGUUAUGGCUCAAGAUAAAAUCGCGGAGAGAAGUCAGACCAGACCGUCUUCCUUACUUGAAAAUCAUCCUGCGCUGGGAAUCCCAUUGGUGGAGAUAUCGCAGCCGCAACCCGAUCCCACAGCUUCCAUAACAGUGCAGCCGGAACCAUCGGCGAUUGGAUUCAAGGAGUCAGUCCUGGCAGCGGGAGAACCGCAACCGCCUAAUCCGCAAUCGGUCAUUAUCGUAUCUACCGACGACGAAGCAGCCAAGAAGAGAGAACAGCUCAGAAAAAUGACAGAACUCGAUUUUUUACCGAUCGUAGUGCCUGAUCUCUCUUGCCAUCACUACGUACAUCAUGGAAACUCUUGGGAAAGUGAUUCUGGUGGAGAUGGUUGUUGCGGUGACGAUUGUUGCGGUGACGGUUGUUGCGGAGAUGGUUGUUGCGAAGGGGAUGUCGAUUGUGGGGGUUGUGACGAUUGCACCAUUUUGUAGCAUAUUAUAGAUACUGACAUACCAUGUGAAAUGAAUAUUGUUCCGACAAAGUACUUUUUAUUUCAACCAAAACUAUGAUCGUGUUCGGGGAGGUUUUUCUUUUCAUUGAACUUCCGCGGCAGAAGAUGUGAAGUGAUCACCAUGCACGAGUAAAACUGUUGACGGAAAAUAUUUCGCUUUGCUGUGACUGAGAAAUAGUGCAAAUUAAUAAUGAUUUUUAAUCA